CAACUUUUGAAGUUAAAACAUCGAAACAUAAAAAAAUUCUUAAAUAUAUUUUCAAAAAUCAAUUCCAAUUUUCGGAGCAGCAUCAUAUGGAAUACGACCAACUUUAUCAACAUACAAUUUCCAAUCGUCGUUCAAGCUUCUUAAUCAUGAAAAACGAUAAGAUCAUCUCAAGCUUAGACGAGGAAGCAGAUUUGUUAAGAAAUUCAAUGCAGCAAGUAUCAAUUGAUGGACAUCGACUACGAUCAUUUUCAGCUGGAUCACUUCCAAUGGCACAGAAAUUGAAAUCAAAAAUUCCUAAUUUCAAAAAAGCACAUGAAAUGCAGUUUGAUAGAAUGGAAUCAAUUACUGAUUAUGCUAAGAGAAAGGCUGAAAGAGCAAAGGCACUACUGACGCCACCACGGCUAAUGAGGAAGACAUCCCCAGUUCAUCAAAUAGAAGUCCCACCUCAAAGCAAACUUCCGGUUCUUAAGAGAUCAUUGUCAGUCAAUUACAAAAAUUCAGAGUCGAAUCCAAGCAAGAAAUUCAAGGCUGAUAAUGAAAAGCGAUUUUCUUUCCAACCAAAUACAAUUGACACCGAAAAAGCAACUUUAGAGCAGAAGAAUAAUCUCAGUCGUGCUGCAUCAUGGCUGAAAAGUGUGAAACUCAACAGACGAUUCCAAUUGCUCAUGAUGAAUCAGCACAAGAAAAUUUAAAGCUUCAUUCACAUUUAUGAGUACCAUUAAUUUUAAGGAUAACGUCUGGGGCGUCAGAAUCAGUUUGAAUCUUUACUUCAUAUUGCAGUCAUAUUUAUCGAUAAGAGUUGCAUCUGCAUAGAUAAUAAGAGUGAUUAACUGAAAAAUUCAAAGGAUCUUGGACUAAGUCACAAAAAAUCUAUAGAAUCAUAGCAUGAGGAUUUUAGCAGAUUCAGAAAGAACCGAGAAAGUUAAAAUAAAAUUUCUCGAUCAAAAAAUGAGUUUGCGAUUUAUCUACCUAGAAAUAAGAAUCAAAAUUGAACAUGUUUAUGCACGAUUUAAGUUAUUAUUGUU